AUGGGGAAGCACAACGAUGAUGCUGCUGCAGUUAUGGUCAAGACAAGACACUUUAAGACGAAACGAGAUCAGGUCAGAUUGGGGGAUUACGUUUAUGCCCACGUAGUGAUUGCCGGCCAAGAAUUGGAGCUGCCCGCGGAAGUUCUUGAUGUUCGGCAACAACGUAAGGAUUUUACUUUUCUUUCGUUUGUCGUUUAGGUUUCCGAAGUACUUGGAUUGAAGUCGUUGAUGACUAAAACGUGUUUUGUUUUAGUUUGUGAUGAUGGUACAAGACAAACUUCUUUAUAUGUGCACUAUGAGAAUCGAGAUCGGCGGCUGGAUGAGUGGAUAAUGUUAGAUCGAGUCUUGGACAAGAGUCCCGUCACAGCAAAGACAAUUACGAGACGACGAGAGAUCGAGCAGCCUUUAACAAGAAGUCAGAGGAGAAUUCAAGAAGAAUUCUCGCAUAUCCCCAAAAGUAUUAAUGACCUCGAUGCAACAACUGCCAAAUUGGAGAAACAGCAUGAAGAGGUAGUAGCAGAAUUACUUCUUGUUCUAUUUUUAGAGUAAUUUACUCAUUGUUUUCUUUUAGCGAACAAAGAUCAAGAAUGUUCAACGUGUCGUAAUAGGCAGUUGGGAAGCGGAUGUUUGGUAUUAUUCUCCUUAUCCAACCGCAGUUGUUGACGGUUUUGUGGAAACCUUGUAUAUCUGCGAGUUCUGUCUGUUUUAUUAUACAGAUUAUCAGAAAUACAGCAAACAUAUAGUAAGUUAUCUUUACAUAUAUUGUUUUAGAUAGAUAAUUAUCAUAUUAUCCAUUGUUUUCAGACAACAGGAUGCGUGAGAAGGCAACCUCCAGGUCAGGUGAUCUACAGACACAAUAACCUUGAAGUCUACGAGGUCUUUGGAAAUGUUUACAAGGUAAGAUUGUUUUAUUUGUAGUAUUAUUUCGUUUAGUUAUAUUGUCAAUGCCUUUGCCUGUUGUCGAAGCUCUUCCUCGACCAUAAAACGCUCUAUUACGAAGUGGAGAACUUCCGUUUCUAUGUGUUAUGUGAGGUGGAUGAUCAAGGAGCUCAUCUUGUUGGCCAUUUCUCCAAAGAAUACGGGACCAAUAACAACCUCGCUUGCAUUAUGGUGCUCCCAUGUCAUCAACGAAAAGGCUACGGAAAGCUGUUGAUUCAGUUGAGUUAUGCUCUCUCGACUCUGGAGAAUCGAAUUGGGACUCCGGAGAAACCAUUGUCAGAUCUGGGGAAGGUUAGCUACCGAAGUUAUUGGUGGUGGAUUUUAAUGAAUGCCAUAGAAGAAAACGGAUGGGUGAAUGGAUGUUUGGUUAGCGAGUUGAGCAGCAAAACUCAUGUACAUCCCGACGAUAUCAUUAGCACGUUAUCAGCACUUCAGAUGAUCAAACUCUCUCAAGGUGAGCAUGGAUAAUAUAACUUGUCCUUCGAUUUUAAAGUAUUUUUAUUAUGAUUUAAAUUUUUAUGAAAGAGGAGACAAUUUCCUUCCCAUUUCAGCCAAUUACGGAGAUGAUAUUGUCCUCUGCUCCCCACAAAUCCUGAAUCAUUGCAAAAAACUUCCAUUUUGUAAGGCCCCAAAACUCGAGAUCCAAAAACAGAACCUCCGAUGGUCAACAAAUGAAGAGCUAGUGCCUGUUCUCAAAGAAAAGGAAGUCCUGAAACAUUUCGAAAAGCAUUCACCAUCAUUAACACCCUCCGGAGAUGCGGAAAUGACCCCAACUCCGGAACAAAAAGAGCCCGAAAAGAUAAAAAAGAAGUUGGUGAAAAAGAUUUGA